UGGUAAUGGUUACGCUCCAUUAAGCAUGAAAGAUGCUUCAGAUAUUGAUGGUAGAUACAACGAUAUGGAAAGUGCUCUUAAAUUACAUCCUGACGGUCAUUUCGUUCAUGCUUUCAUCAUUCCAAACUACGACGAACCUGAACCUUUACUAAGAGAUACCAUUAAACGAUUGUCUCAACACAGGUAA